AUGACAGAUGAUCCUUGUCUUCCGAAAAUUGUCUCAUUUUUACGAGUUGGUAAACGUCGUUUAGAAAUCUUUCAAAAAGCUUGCAUUAAAUUUGGUCUUACUAUUGUUGAUCAUAAUACUCAAAAUUCUUUUAUCUUAGUUGAUGAUGAACUUGAUUUUAUUUCAGCAAAUAAAGCAUUAAAAAGUUCAUCAUUAGUAUCAUCACCAAUAUUUAUUCGAACACAAUGGUUAAGUGAUUCAAUCAAACAAAAUAAACUUUUAUCACAUCAAUCUUAUAUACUUCAUGCUACUAUUCCUAAUCCAACAUCAUCAAUACCAGAAACAUCUAAUUCUACAAAUAAAAACGAAAUACUAACAGAACGACCUUCGAUAAAACGAGAACGUUCAAUAUCAUCAUCAGCAUCUGAUACUGAAGAUGAAGCAAAUGCAAAAAAACAUAAUAUCGAUAUUCAACCGAUUCAACCAGGUGAAUUACCACGAACGACUGGUAUAUGGUUAUGUUCUGAAGCUUCAUCAUCAACUCCUGUUGUUGGUAAUCCAAACGAAAAAAUAAUUGAAAAAUUACGAGAAAUGUCGAAAUUAUAUCUAAUAACUAAUGAUAAAGGUCGUAGCAUUGCAUAUCAAAAAGCUAUAGAAGCACUUAAACGUUGUACACAUCCAAUUCGUUCUUAUGAAGAAAUCAAAGCAUUACCAUAUGUAAAACAAUCUUUAGCUGAUAAAAUUUGGGAAAUAAUUCGUACAAAUGGUCUUGUAAAAUUAUCUGCAUUUCAAUCACGUGAUGAUGUUGCGACAUUGGCUUUAUUUGCUGGUGUAUGGGGUGCUGGUACUGAAACAACGAAACAAUGGUUUGCACAAGGUUUUCGUACACUUGAUGAUUUACGUAAACGAGCUCGUCUUACACGUACGCAACAAAUCGGUUUACAAUAUUAUAAUGAUUUCAAUACACGUAUUCCACGUGAUGAAGUUACUCGUAUUGAAACAAUUGUUAAACAAACAGCUGAUGAAGUUGUACCUGGUCUAAUGAUUGAAACAUGUGGAAGUUAUCGUCGAUUGAAACCUUCAUGUGGUGACAUUGAUAUGUUGAUUACAUUUAAAGAUGGAAAACGACAUUUACAUGAAAGUGUACUAGCACCAUUAAUUGAUAAAUUAAAAGACACUGGAUUUCUUACUGAUGAUUUGAUUAAUCAUUCUGAAACAUCAUCGUCAACAGGUCAUGUUUCAGAACAAAUGACUUAUUUUGGUGUAUGUCGUUUACCAGAACCAGGAUCACUUUACCGUCGUAUUGAUCUAAUAUUUAUACCAGCAAAUGAAUGGGCUUGUUCAUUACUUUAUUUUACCGGUUCAGCUAUGUUUAAUCGAUCUAUGCGUCGUUUAGCUCGUCGUUUAAAUAUGUCACUUUCUCAACAUGGACUUUUUCAUGGUGUUGGUGUUGAAAAAAUUAACACAGGUCAAGCAUUGAAUACACCGACUGAAGAGUCGAUCUUUCAAUAUCUUAAUUUACCAUAUCGACCGCCAGAAGAUCGAGAUCAUUGA